AUGAGUUUGGGCAUCAUGGAAGAGGAGGACCUGGCCGAAUACUUCCGGUUGCAGUAUGGAGAGCGGCUGCUUCAGCUGCGGCAGAAGUUUCCAAAUGUUGAAGAGCAGUCAGAAUCUCCGUCCAUCCGGCUCCUGGAGAAGAAGAAAGAAGCCAAGAUCAUGCACCAGGCCAUGGAACACAAGAAGCAGACAUUCCAGAGAAGAAUGGAAACUCUGAACCUGCGCUGGGAGGAACUAGGUGUCAAAGAAGAGCAGCUGAAAGCCCAUAUCCAUAAGUUUGAGCAAUUCAUUCAGGAGAAUGACCAGAAGCGGAUCCGAGCCCUGAAAAAAGCCAACAAAGAGCGAGAACUGAAAAGGCAGCGCCUGCGGGAGCUGGCCAAGGCCAAGCAGGAGAUGAAUGCUCUGAGGCUGGAGCACCAGAGGCUGUGUGUCAAGCUUCAGGACUACGCGUACCUAGAGAAGGUGGUGGAGAACUCUGAGGAAUCUCGCUGGGCACACAUUCAGAACACAGCAGCCAAGAAGACCCUCCUGCUUGGCACCAUUAAGAUGGCGACACUGAACCUCUUCCAGAUCGUGAGCAGGCAGUUGAAGGAGACCACGCAGGAGUCCCUGGAGGACACACACAAACAACUGGACUUGAUCCAGCAAUUUAUACAAGACUUGUCAGAUAUCUGGGCAGAAGUAAAGAAGAAGGAACAGCAGCAAUUCCGGGUGUAA